GAAGUUAUUUAAGAGCCAACUGUCUUGUCUUUCCUGAGUCCGUUUGAGGAAGUCCCCGAGGCGCACAGAGCAAGCCCACGCGAGGGCACCUCUGGAGGGGAGCGCCUGCAGGACCUUGUAAAGUCAAAAAUGUCAGAAACUUCCAGGACCGCCUUUGGAGGCAGAAGAGCAGUUCCACCCAAUAACUCUAAUGCAGCGGAAGAUGACCUGCCCACAGUGGAGCUUCAGGGCAUGGUGCCCCGGGGCGUCAACCUGCAAGAAUUUCUUAAUGUCACGAGCGUUCACCUGUUCAAGGAGAGAUGGGACACUAACAAGGUGGACCACCACACCGACAAGUAUGAAAACAACAAGCUGAUUGUCCGCAGAGGGCAGUCUUUCUAUGUGCAGAUUGACUUCAGUCGUCCAUAUGACCCCAGAAGGGAUCUCUUCAGGGUGGAAUACGUCAUUGGUCGCUACCCACAGGAGAACAAGGGAACCUACAUCCCAGUGCCUAUAGUCUCAGAGUUACAAAGUGGAAAGUGGGGGGCCAAGAUUGUCAUGAGAGAGGACAGGUCUGUGCGGCUGUCCAUCCAGUCUUCCCCCAAAUGUAUUGUGGGGAAAUUCCGCAUGUAUGUUGCCGUCUGGACUCCCUAUGGCGUACUUCGAACCAGUCGAAACCCAGAAACAGACACAUACAUUCUCUUCAAUCCUUGGUGUGAAGAUGAUGCUGUGUAUCUGGACAAUGAGAAAGAAAGAGAAGAGUAUGUCCUGAAUGACAUCGGGGUAAUUUUUUAUGGAGAGGUCAAUGACAUCAAGACCAGAAGCUGGAGCUAUGGUCAGUUUGAAGAUGGCAUCCUGGACACUUGCCUGUAUGUGAUGGACAGAGCACAAAUGGACCUCUCUGGAAGAGGGAAUCCCAUCAAAGUCAGCCGUGUGGGGUCUGCAAUGGUGAACGCCAAAGAUGACGAAGGUGUCCUCGUUGGAUCCUGGGACAAUAUCUAUGCCUAUGGCGUCCCCCCAUCGGCCUGGACUGGAAGCGUUGACAUUCUAUUGGAAUACCGGAGCUCUGAGAAUCCAGUCCGGUAUGGCCAAUGCUGGGUUUUUGCUGGUGUCUUUAACACAUUUUUACGAUGCCUUGGAAUACCAGCAAGAAUUGUUACCAAUUAUUUCUCUGCCCAUGAUAAUGAUGCCAAUUUGCAAAUGGACAUCUUCCUGGAAGAAGAUGGGAACGUGAAUUCCAAACUUACCAAGGAUUCAGUGUGGAACUACCACUGCUGGAAUGAAGCAUGGAUGACAAGGCCUGACCUUCCUGUUGGAUUUGGAGGCUGGCAAGCUGUGGACAGCACCCCCCAGGAAAAUAGCGAUGGCAUGUAUCGGUGCGGCCCCGCCUCAGUUCAAGCCAUCAAGCACGGCCACGUCUGCUUCCAAUUUGAUGCACCUUUUGUUUUUGCAGAGGUCAACAGCGACCUCAUUUACAUUACAGCUAAGAAAGAUGGCACUCAUGUGGUGGAAAAUGUGGAUGCCACCCACAUUGGGAAAUUAAUUGUGACCAAACAAAUUGGAGGAGAUGGCAUGAUGGAUAUUACUGAUACUUACAAAUUCCAAGAAGGUCAAGAAGAAGAGAGAUUGGCCCUAGAAACUGCCCUGAUGUACGGAGCUAAAAAGCCCCUCAACACAGAAGGUGUCAUGAAAUCAAGGUCCAACGUUGACAUGGACUUUGAAGUGGAAAAUGCCGUGCUGGGAAAAGACUUCAAGCUCUCCAUCACCUUCCGGAACAACAGCCACAACCGUUACACCAUCACAGCUUAUCUCUCAGCCAACAUCACCUUCUACACCGGGGUCCCGAAGGCAGAAUUCAAGAAGGAGACGUUCGACGUGACGCUGGAGCCCUUGUCCUUCAAGAAAGAGGCGGUGCUGAUCCAAGCCAGCGAGUACAUGGGUCAGUUGCUGGAACAAGCGUCCCUGCACUUCUUUGUCACAGCUCGCAUCAAUGAGACCAGGGAUGUUCUGGCCAAGCAAAAGUCCACCGUGCUAACCAUCCCUGAGAUCAUCAUCAAGGUCCGUGGCACUCAGGUAGUUGGUUCUGACAUGACUGUGACAGUUGAGUUUACCAAUCCUUUAAAAGAAACCCUGCGAAAUGUCUGGAUACACCUGGAUGGUCCUGGAAUAACAAGACCAAUGAAGAAGAUGUUCCGUGAAAUCCGGCCCAACUCCACCGUGCAAUGGGAAGAAGUGUGCCGGCCCUGGGUCUCUGGGCAUCGGAAGCUGAUAGCCAGCAUGAGCAGUGACUCCCUGAGACAUGUGUAUGGCGAGCUGGACGUGCAGAUUCAAAGACGACCUUCCAUGUGAAUGCACAGGAGGCUGAGAUGAACCCUGGCAUUUGGCCUCUUGUAGUCUUGGCUAAGGAAAUUCUAACGCAAAAAUAGCUCUUGCUUUGGCUUAGGUGUGAAGACCCAGACAGGACUGCAGAGGGCCCCAGAGUGGAGAUCCCACAUAUUUCAAAAACAUACUUUUCAAAACCCAGGCUAUUCGGCAAGAAAGUUAGUUUUUAAUCUCUCCACCUUCCAAAGAGUGCUAAGCAUCAGCUUUAAUUAAGCUCUAAUUAAGCUCUCAUAGCUCAUAAGAGUAACAGUCAUCAUUUAUCAUCACAAAUGGCCACAUCUCCAAAUAUCAGUGGGCUCUCUUACCAGGGAGAUUUGCUCAAUACCUGGCCUCAUUUAAAACAAGACUUCAGAUUCCCCACUCAGCCUUUUGGGAAUAAUAGCACAUGAUUUGGGCUCUAGAAUUCCAGUCCCCUUUCUCGGGGUCAGGUUCUACCCUCCAUGUCAGAAUAUUUUUCCCAGGACUGGAGCACAACAUAAUUUUUAUUUUUGGCAAAGCCAGAAAAAGAUCUUUCAUUUUGCACCUGCGGCCAAGCAAAUGCCUGCCAAAUUUUAGAUUUACCUUGUUAGAAGAGGUGGCCCCAUAUUAACAAAUUGCAUUUGUAGGAAACUUAAUCACCUACAAGGAGAUAAGAAAGCAGGUGCAACACUCAAGUCUACUGAAUAAUGUAGUUUUGUGAUGCAUUUUAUAGAAUGUGUCACACUGUGGCCUGAUCAGCAGGAGCCAAUAUCCCUUACUUUAGCCCUUUCUGGGAUGCAAUACUAGGAAGUAAAGUGAGGAAUUUAUCUCUUUAGUUAGUGAUUAUAUUUCACCCAUCUCUCAGGAAUCAUCUCCUUUGCAGAAUGAUGCACGUUCAGGUCCCCUUUCAGAGAUAUAAUAAGCCCAACAAGUUGAAGAAGCUGGCGGAUCUAGUGACCAGAUAUAUAGAAGGACUGCAGCCACUGAUUCUCUCUUGUCCUUCAUAUCACCCACGUUGAGACCUCAGCUUGGCACUCAGGUGCUGAAGGGUAAUAUGGACUCAGCCUUGCAAAUAGCCAGUGCUAGUUCUGACCCAACCACAGAGGAUGCUGACAUCAUUUGUAUUAUGUUCCAAGGCUACUACAGACAAGGCUGCCUGCUAUGUAUUUGCAAGGCUGAUUUAUGGUCAGAAUUUCCCUCUGAUAUGUCUAGGGUGUGAUUUAGGUCAGUAGACUGUGAUUCUUAGCAAAAAAUGAACAGUGAUAAGUAUACUGGGGGCAAAAUCAGAAUGGAAUGCUCUGGUCUAUAUAACCACAUUUCUAAGCCUUUGAGACUGUUCCUGAGCCUUCAGCACUAACCUAUGAGGGUGAGCUGGUCCCCUCUAUACAUACAUCAUACUUAACUUUACUAAGUAAUCUCACAGCAUUUGCCAAGUCUCCCAAUAUCCAAUUUUAAAAUGAAAUGCAUUUUGCUAGACAGUUAAACUGGCUUAACUUAGUAUAUUAUUAUUAAUUACAAUGUAAUAGAAGCUUAAAAUAAAGUUAAACUGAUUAUAUUUGCA